AUGCAACACGAGGACCAUCCGAAGGACCGACGUCCGUGCUAUCCCUGGGUGCUUCUAGGCGUGCCUAUCUUUGAAGGCUCCGGCCAAAGCGAGUACUGUGGCGCAUCCAACGUCACCGACAUUGCCGACUUUACCGGCGGCACCGUCGGCGCGCCGCUCUCGUCGGCUGAAAUCAAGCUCGUCUCGGUGCCAGACAUGGGGUACAACGUGACGGACACGGUGCACGGCCUCGACGACCAGCAGAUCCCUGUGAACGGCCGCGACGAGAUUUGCUACCGUGGACCGAGCGUCUUUCAGGGCUACUUCAAGAACCCGCAAAUGACGAACGAAGUGCUCGACGCUGACGGCUGGCUGCACUCGGGCGACAUUGGCGUCUGGACUUUGGACGGCCGGCUCAAGAUUGUCGACCGCAAGAAAAACAUCUUCAAGCUCUCGCAGGGCGAGUACGUGGCCCCCGAGAAGAUCGAAAACGUCAUCAAGGGCAGCGUGUACAUCAACCAGUCGUUCGUGUAUGGCGACAGCUUGCACGCGGUGCUCAUUGCGAUCAUUGUGCCCGAAGAAGCCGAGAUCACGCGCCUCGCAGCGUCUUUGGAUGUGACGGGCACCUUUGCCGAGCUCUGUGCGCAUGCCGCCAUCAACGAAGCGGUCCUUCGCGACAUUGUGGCCGUCGGAAAGAAGGGAAAGCUCCACGGUUUCGAGCUGAUCAAGGCGCUGCUGCUGCACCCUGAGCCGUUUACAAUUGAAAACAACCUCGCAACGCCGACGUUCAAGGUCAAGCGCAACGAGGUCAAAAAGGUAUUUAGCGCCGAGAUCCAAGCGCUGUACGCCAAGACGGGCGACGUUGUCGCGGGUAAAAACGUCAGCCAACACUAAGAAAACAAAUGCAUUGAAA